AUGGUGUCAUCUCUUCAAAAAAUUGAAGUAUUUAGUUUUAGCUUAAGUGAUGUACAAUUCGUUAACUUGUGCUAUUUCAUGCAGCUUGAUAUGCUACAAGAAGAGAAUGACAAUGUCCUUGAGAAGCUCAGGUUUGUUGAAGAAAGUUGUCAGGAUGUAGAGAUGAGGGUUAAGGAGCAUGAGAAGCAGGUGGCUGCUCUUGGUGAAGGAAUAUCUUUGGAAGCGAAAUUGUUAAGCAGGAAGGAAGCUGCAUUGAGCCAAAGAGAGGAUGCACUGAAAGAGGCCAAAAAAGCUAAAGAUGGAGUAAACGAAAGAAUAGAGUUUCUGAUGCAUCGAGUGUUAGGAGUACAAAAGAGUAUACCCACUCAAGGUGGAUCAGAUCAUUUUGUGAAAUCUGGAUUCAAGGCUUGGAAUAGGAAAUCAGGAAUAGAUAACCACAAAGAAGGAACUCCACACACUAUUGUUGUCCAAAUGUGUCAAAGUUUGAUGAACCAAAGACAAUCCAUCGUGUCAGCUUUUGAGAAACAAACUACUUUACAAGAAAAAGAAUAUCAUACGCAUUUGAGUGCUUCGAUUGAUUGUGUUAGGUUCCUACUCCGACAAGGGUUAGCAUUUCGUGGUCAUAACGAGAAAGAAGACUCAAAUAAUAAAGUUUUAGUAGACGAGUCACGUGAUGUGUCAUGUAAAGAACAAAUGGCAUUGGUUUUGCGAUUUGUAAAUAGAAAAGGUGAAGUUGUAGAAAGGUUUGUUGGCCUUAGAAAUGUUAAUGACACUUCAACUUUGUCACUAAAGGCUACCAUUUAUGAUAUGCUUUCAAAACGGAAUUUGAGUCCUAGUAGGAUUGGAGGACAAGGGUAUGAUGGUGCUAGUAAUAUGAGUGGUGCAUUCAAUGGAUUGAAGACUUUGAUUAUGAAUGAAACAAAAUCUGCACACUUUGUUCAUUGUUUUGCUCACCAAUUACAGUUAGCCCUAGUGUUUGUUGCAAAGAAUCACACGACGAUUAAUGAUUUUUUUGAUGUGGUUUCUCGGUUGUUAAAUAUUAUUGGAUCUUCUUACAAAAGACGAGACAAGUUAAGAAAAAAACAAGCAGAUAAAGUUAUGGCAGCGUUGGCAGAAGGUGAGCUUCAGAGUGGUACCGGUUUGAAUCAAGAAGUCGGUAUUAAACGAUCGUCUGAUACUCGAUGGGGUUCUCAUUUUGCAUCUUUAUUAAAUAUCCAAAUCAUAUAUGCUUCCAUUUGUGAUGUACUUGAAGACCUUGGUGAAUUUGAUAGUGAUCGUGAUCGUAGAGCUGAAGCAAUUCGCAUCUUAAAGUGGUUAAAAUCGUUUGAUUUUGUGUUUUGUCUAGAUUUUAUGGUUGAUAUCUUGGGAGUGACGAAUCAUUUGAAUACAAUACUACAAAGAAAAGACCAAGAUAUCGUAAAUGCUAUGAAUCAAGUAAGUAGCUCAAAAAAAGCAAUUCAAGAAAUUAGAGAUGUAGGAUGGGGCCCACUUUUAGAGAAAGUGACUUUGUUUUGUGCUAAAAACGAAGUUAAAGUCGUGGAUUUAGAAGAUGAAUAUUUUAAUGGAUACAGUCGUCGCAGAGGUUCACAUGUUAACAACUUGCACCAUUAUCAAGUUGAUUUAUUUAAGGAGGUGAUUGAUAUGCAACUUCAAGAGCUGAACAAUCGCUUUAAUGAAGUAAACACAAAUUUACUUCUCUGUAUUGCUUGUUUGUGCCCAAGUGAAUCUUUCAAAGCCUUUGAUUUAGAAAAAAUAAUGAAAAUGGCUACACUUUAUCCGGAAGAGUUUCCAACAGAAUAUGAUCUUCGAGUUCUUGAAGUGGAACUUGGAAAUUACAUUAAAGAUGUGCGAGAAGAUGAACGAUUUGCUGAUUUGAAGAGUAUUGGAGACCUUGCCAAAAAGAUGGUCGAAGAAAAGAAGCAUAUAAUAUUUCCUAAGAUUUACCUUCUUGUGAAACUUGCAUUGAUCUUACCCGUAGCAACAGCAAGUGUGGAACGCGCAUUUUCAGCAAUGAAGUUGAUAAAGACCGAUAUACCCAACAAAAUGAGUGAUCAAUUUUUGAGUGAUAGUUUAGUGUCGUAUAUUGAAAAAAAAAUGUUUUAA